CCAAACAUUUGAUCAGUUUUACAAUUAAACUUGAAACAGAGUUUGUUCAUCAAGAUGUUCCCACAAACACUGGUAGUUCUUCUGGUUGUAGCCAAUCUGGGGUUUGGCGCAAAGGUUGUUGUUGCAAAACCAAGAUUCAAACGAAAUGUUUGUUCAUCAACGUCAGUUGGGAAUACGACGGUAAUUAAUUACCCAGGUACGAAUGGAGAUUAUUUAAAUAACGCUUACUGUGAUUGGAGAGUCUGCACAAAUACAUCAUCAGCUAGUGUUAGAAUCACGAGAAUGGACAUCGAAUCGCAUCCAGUUUGUUCUUAUGACGCAGUAAGCAUACAAGGUUUCAAAUACUGUGGUGGGAAUACAAGGGAUCUAAAUAAUGUAUCGACGUCAAAUGGAUGUAUUUUAGUUCAAUUUACCAGUGACAGCAGCGUAACUCGAUCAGGAUUUACACUUGAAAUCAGGCCAGGUCAAGUUAAUACAACCUCUAACUCAACAUACAACUCAAGCAACUCAUCUGGCAACUCAACAUUCACCACUGCCAGCCCUUAUGGAAACUACAGUUACAGUAAUCAAAACUCGUCUUACAGUAACUCAACUGGCAACUCAACACUCACCACCGCCAGCCCUUAUGGAAACUACAGUUACGGUAAUCAAAAUUCGUCUUACAGUAACUCAACUGGCAACUCAACACUCAGCACCGCCAGCCCGUAUGGAAACUACAGUUACGGUAAUCAAAAUUCGUCUUACAGUAACUCAACUGGCAACUCAACACUCACAACCGCUAGCCCUUAUGGAAACUACAGUUACAGUAAUCAAAACUCGUCUUACAGUAACUCAACUGGCAACUCAACACUCAGCACCGCCAGCCCGUAUGGAAACUACAGUUACGGUAAUCAAAAUUCCUCUUACAGUAACUCAACUGGCAACUCAACACUCACCACCGCCAGCCCUUAUGGAAAUUACAGUUACGGUAAUCAAAAUUCGUCUUACAGUAACUCAACUGGCAACUCAACACUCACCACCGCUAGCCCUUAUGGAAACUACAGUUACGGUAACCAAAGUUCGUCUAACAAUUGUGUAUUAGCGACAAGUGUUGGGAAUAUGACAGAGAUAGACUAUCCUGGUACCGGAGAUUAUCCUAAUUAUGCUUCCUGUGAAUGGAAUGUCUGUACUAAUACGACACAGGCCAGGAUUAGUAUCACGAAAAUGGACAUAGAAGCUCAUUCCUCCUGUAGUUAUGAUUCAUUGAAGAUACAAAAUUCUAAAUACUGUGGUUUAUCAACUGUAAGCUUCGCCGAGAGUACCAACCAGGGGUGUGUUCAAGUUAGUUUUACCAGUGAUUAUAGCGUAACAAAGACUGGGUUUACAGUUGAAAUCAGACCAAUGUAAGGUACUGGUCCGUCGACAUGUAGAUUUUUGAUUCAAUUGAAACAUAAAUAAACAGCAUUUUAUUUUUGGUAUGUUGAAUAAAUCUGCAAUUAUAACAUGAAA